AUGAGCCAGCAGAGCCAGGGCGGCUACCGCGGCUAUGCCGACGCCAGGCUUGCCAAUGAAGCCCCCCAGAUCUAUAGCGCCGUCUACUCGGGCGUCGAUGUAUACGAAAUGGAGGUCAACGGUGUCGCCGUCAUGCGCAGGCGGCAGGACAGUUGGCUCAAUGCGACCCAGAUUCUCAAAGUUGCCGGUGUCGACAAGGGAAAACGCACAAAGAUCCUCGAAAAGGAGAUCCAGAUUGGCGAGCACGAGAAGGUCCAAGGAGGCUACGGAAAAUACCAGGGCACAUGGAUCAAGUUCGAGCGCGGUGUCGAAGUCUGCCGCCAGUACGGCGUCGAGGAGGUUCUCCGUCCGCUGUUGACAUAUGAUAUGGGACAAGAUGGCGGUGUUGCCGGCCGAGGAGACUUCAACACUCCAACCAAGGAACAGGCCAUGGCUGCGCAGAGGAAACGUCUGUACAACGCCGGAAACGAGGCAAGGUCCAACGGCAUGGCUGGCAUCAACGGCACCUUCUUCAAGAACAUCUCCACCACUGCGUCUCACGCUGUCGCUGCUAUUAGCAAGGCACGAUUCGACUCUCCCGGACCUAGGGGUCGCAAUGGACCCACGAAAGCACCCAGCUUCAGCCGCCAGAGCUCCAUGCAGAACGGCGACGACUUCCCCGGCAACUCCCAGCAGAGCUAUGCUUCCGACUACGGCCAGCACGUCGACUCGGCGUACUCUACUCAACAGACCAGCCAACAGUUUGACGGUCCGGAGCCGCCUCGCAAGCGCCAAAGAGUCACUAUGACCCCCGCCGAGAGCUUCGGCGGCUACAACAACUCGAUGGAAAUGUACCAGGGCGCCUUCCCCGGAUCUCCUACGGAGCCUAAUGAGUCCUUCAUCUACUCUCAAGCGAAUGUGCCCGCACACGAUGGCCACAGCCCACUCACACCGCUACCCUUUGAGAUGUCACCGGACGCCGAACACAAAAGGAGCAUGUUGAUGAGUCUGUUCAUGGACUCUGCGGCUUCGGACCAGUCCAAGCAUGAGAUGCUUCGCUCAUUGGCGCCUAUUGAGCUAGAUAUGCCCAUUGACCAGCAAAGCCACACAGCCCUUCACUGGGCUGCUACGUUAUCGCGUAUGCCGCUCUUGCGCGCACUCAUCGCUGCCGGCGCCAGCCCCUUCCGUGUCAAUGCCUCGGGAGAGACCGCUUUGGUGAGAGCUUGUGUAGUGACAAACUCGAUGGAUCUCGGCUCCUUCCCUGAUCUGCUGGAUGUUCUCGGAAGCACCAUUGAGGUCCGCGAUAGCAAGGGACGCACUGUUCUGCACCAUAUUGCCAUGACUAGCGCCGUCAAGGGUAGGAACGCGGCCAGUCGGUAUUAUUUGGAAAGCCUUUUGGAGUGGGUGGUAAGGCAAGGCAGCGUGCCCAAUGGCCAAGCGGCGACCAACGGCAACGGAAGCAGUGCGCCCGCCAGUUCCCAGUCCCAACCGCAGUCGCAACCGAAGAUGGGCAUCGCGCGCUUCAUGACUGAGAUUGUCAACGCCCAAGACCACGCCGGUGAUACGGCUCUCAACAUUGCGGCAAGGAUAGGCAACCGCAGCAUCAUCUCGCAGCUUCUCGAGGUCGGCGCAGACGGCAACAUUGCCAACCGUGCCGGUCUCCGGCCUGUGGACUUUGGUAUCGGAGUCGAGGCUGCAGAUGAGGGCAACAACAUGGCCAAUGGUACCGAGCUAAACGGGGACACUGAGAAGAACCGUGCCGCGAGCAGCGAGCGCGCAAAGGAGAGCAGCGAUGACAUUGUUUCCUCCAUCACACAUCUUCUUAGCGAAGCAAGCUCCACCUUCCAGAACGAAAUCAAGACGAAGCAGGCCGUCAUCGAGUCCCUGCACUCAACACUCCGCACCACAUCAGCGCAGCUGGGCGAGGCAAGGCGAAACCUCGAAGCCAUGCAGGCGACGCUGAAGAAGCAACAACUGGCCCGCCAAAAGAUCUCGAACCUCAGACACGCCCGCGAGGAGGAACAGGUCCGCCUGAUGCAGGAGCAGAACCGGGCAGGCCGCACCGACGCCCUCUCGUCGUCGUGGGAGACGGAACUGGGCGCGGCGCUGGAGACGGCCGACAACGGUGAGGAGGCCGCCAUGCUGCCCUCGGCGGCGGUCCUGAAGGCAAGGCUAAGUGCCGUCUCGGCGCGACGCGACGUCACGCGCAAGAUGGCCGCCGCGCUCAAGGGGCGAAGCAAGGACGUCGAGAUCAAGUACCGCCGCGUGGUGGCCAUUAGCACCGGCGUGCCUGAGGACCAGGUCGACGCCGUCGUGGAUGGUCUCCUCCGCGCGGUGGAGAGCGAAAAGGGCGAGUUGGAAGUCGACCGCGUCAGGAGGUUCCUCGGCGGCGUCGAGGGCGUGGUGCAUUAA